AGAAGAAAAGCCAUAUUACGAGCGCGAGGGAAGAAGCAGAGAGCUUUCUGCAGAGCAAUGGCGGACGACGACGACGGCUUCGGAGACUUCACUUUCGUCUCCGCCGCCGCAGCCGCCUUCAAUCCCAAUCCCACCACCACCCAACGACAAUCGGCCGCCUCCGACGACGAUUGGGGCGAUUUCGUAACCGUCGCCGCGCCUCCGAUCAAAGCCCCCGUCGUUAACGGAUUCGCACCCGCUCCGGCCCAAACACCGCCCGACCCGUUCGGGUUUUUCAACGUAACUAACGGCGCCGCAGCAGCGCCGUUAACGUCAGCCGGGUCGGAUCCAAUCCGGGUCGAGACGAAGGCCGAAGGGGUCAGUAAGACGAGGCAGUGGGAGAAGCCGACGGGAGCUUUGCCGUUGUCGUUGUUUGGGGAAGAGGAGAGAGACGAGCAGGUGAAUCAGGAUUUGACUGAGAAUGAGGGAUUUGGGGAAAAGGGAUCGAAUUUGAAUGGGAGUAGCGGUGGGAUUGAUGAUUUGAUAUCGAAUUUGUAUGUCCAGAACGGGUCGAAUCGGAAUUCUGGUUCGGGUGGUAUUGAUUUUAGCAAGAGCGGGUUGAAUUUGAGGUCGAAUGGGGUGGAUUCGAAGCUUGGAGGUUUGAUUCCGAGCCAAAAUGGGAAGCUGGAUGGUGGUGAUUUGAGUUCGAAUGGUUUGAAAUUUUUUGAGGGUGUAGAUUUGAAUGGGAGCUCAAAUUCAAGUGUGUUGAAGAUGAAUGUGGAACAAGGGAAUGGGGAUUUUGAUGAGGAUGAUGAUGAUGGUUGGGAAUUCAAAGCUGCAGAACCAGAGAACCGGGUUGGCAAUGAGAAUUCUAAGGAACAAGGAAUUUUGGAAGUAGCAGAGUCAAAAGCAGAAUCAAGUACACUUGUAAACGGGGGAAUACAGGAAAAUACCGGAGGAACUGGAUUUUCUGGGGGGUUUGGUAUUCAUGAGUUUAAUAAUGUGUCUGUUGCAUCUAAUGGAACUUCUCAUGGAAAUGGUGAAUGGGGUUUUUCAUUUGACUUCAAGUCAAGCCCUGUAACUCAAGAUAAUUUCUUCUUGGAAACAUACUCGAAAAGCAAGCGGAGCAAUGCUGCAACUGUAUCCAAUUCUUCCGGAGUUGAUGAUAUUGUGUGGGGAUUCAAGGAUGCACUUUCGGAAACUGGAUCAGAACAUAAGUCGGAAGAUGCUAAGGCUGCUACUCCUGCUGGUUUAGAAUUUCAUACAUUAGAUGGUGCUGGUCCUCGUAAUGAUUUUUUUGCUGGGUCGGAUUGGAUUUCUCACCAGUCUUCUGAAAGUAGCUUUGCAUUUCCUUUCAUCCCAAAUUCUGGCAAUAAAGAUGGGGUAAUCUCAGAUUCCUAUUCCAGUGGCAAGAAAGAUGACAUAGUAACAGGAUUGAGUUUUCCUUCAGAUAAUAACCAUGUUGAGUCAGAAGACAAUUUUUGGGAAUUUAAGGAUGCAUUUUCAGAAUCUGGAUCUAAGCUUGAGGGGGAGUUGGUGGUUGCCAGUAAUUCUCCUACCAAUAUAAAACCAUCAGCAAUUGGUGGAGAAAAUCAGCACAGUGAGGUAACAUUGAAUAAUCAUCGGCAAGCUUUACCCUUGUCCAUUUUUGGAGACGAAGAACUAGAAACUGAUGAUUCCUCAGUCCAUCAAGAUAUUUCUACUCAGACAACUGCUUCCCACCAGAUAAAUACUGGCAAAAGCCCUGCUACCAAUGUAUCCAUCACUGAUCUCAUAUCAAGCUUAUACAGUCAAGUGGAACAGAACACUUCUAAACUUCAUACGCCAAAAGAAACUGAAAGUACUAUGCAUCCUGUUACGACAGUGUUAGACUCUGAUUUUGUUGGUGAUGAUGCUGAUGAUGACUCCUGGGAGUUUAAGGAUGCUGUUUCAAAAGAUCGAGACCCAACUUCUAUUGUCAAUCUUGAAGAUUCACUUAAACAUUCUUGUACUAAAAUCCAGCUGGAUGACUUUGUGGAAUUGUAUUGCAAGUUGAAGAAUGAAUCAUAUUUUCUUGCACUCUACCAUCUUGACCAGAAAAAGAAAGCUCAAGGUAGUGCUUCUCUUUCUGGUGAGGAUGCAACAGAGGCUCUGGAUAAGGAAAUCCAGAAACUUUAUAAUGAACUGCCUCAAGACAACAUGAGAUUAGAUCAGUUCCAGUCAGGGAAUCCUUCACCAAGAAAUGAAUGCCUUAACGAACUUCAUAAAGCUCUGCAGGAACUGAAGUUCCAAGUCCUUGAGUCAGAAUAUCAAUUGUCACAAAGACUGUCCUUGGCAGAGAAGGAUUUGAUAUCGGCAAUUGAACUUCUAAGACAUGCAGCAGCCAUAUUAAGGAUUCUUAGACUCGGAUCAGCUGAGGAGCAAUCUAGGUACAUUGCUGCAUGGUCUCAAAUGGUCUCCAUAUGUGCUGAAGAGCUGAAACAUGGCUCUUUAAUUUGGAUGCAAUCAUUAGAAAAGAAUGUUCAGAAGCAGAUGUUAUCUGAACCUCGAGGCAAGCAGUAUAUCAUUGCUCUGGGAGAAAUUUACCGGGUAGUUUUAGUUCUUGGAGCCUCAAUUAAACUAUACAGCCCUUGGAUUCUAUUACAGUCCUCAGAUUGUUCUAGCUUGUUUGGUCUUCUAAACGAGUGUUCUACUCUAUGGUCAAGUUCAGGACUUGAUGAAGCUCUCAGAAGUAUUUCAGACGUUGAUGAUUUCAAAUAUGACGGAAAUGUUAAUGCAUUAUUGGAUUCCUUAACGUCUAUUAAUCAUCUCGACACAUUUUCACUCCAAAACCAUUUUUUGAGUGGACAACAAGCUAUAUGUUCGCUGUCACUUUUAACUGCAGGAGCUGUGCCAGGUAUUAAAAUGGUGGCGUGGAAUGAGGUACACUAUUUAUUGACACUCGCAAACUUGUGGAUAAAUUUAAUUGGUGGUGAACCCCCACGGUUGCUGCACUUCAGUUUAAGCUGAUGGGACAGAAACAUGUUGAAGGAAGUCAGGAUCAAAAGGACUUGGAAAUUCUCUUUGGCUGAGUUUUGCCUUGAAUCCUUUGGUUACCUCAGGAUUAGGGAUUUUGGGUUAUAUUUUGUGGACUGAAAUGAUUACGACAAUCAAUCUGAAAAAGUUGUAGCGACUUCUCAAGAUCACAAUCAGGAAGAAAAAUCUCAAUUUGGCUUUUAGAAGAUCCACAAAACAGCCAAGCUGGUCAGUUUAGUCCUACCAAGUUCUGGUCCAGUUCUUGUGUUUAGUGUUGCCAUUCAUUUUUUGGAAGCAGUAGUAUAAUAGCCAUUGGAUGUAGAAGUGUUUGUAUCCCUGUGUGUAGUUGUGUAUGUCUGAUACUGGGUGAAUAAGAGAGCAUUUAUCUACCCAGUAAUAGAAUUUUGAAACGAGGAAGAAUUUCCUCAACUUUCCAAUUUAUACUUUGUAUCACAAGUUCAUACUAUAAAGGAGGUGUCAAGUGAUUGCCAGUCAAAA